AUCACCGUUAGUUUUUUCUUGAAUUAUAAUCAUGAUUUAGACAUUUUCUACACUCGCGUUGGGUAAUAUAAAGUAACAUAUUCAUUCCAUCUUUGUAUAGUAACUGACAUUUUGUUUUGUUUUUAGCCACUUGCCUUAUUUGAGAGUAAGCUCGUGCGAAGAAAGUACUUUCCCAUGUAUCGCCACCAUCGCCAUUAGUUUUUCUUCAAGGAAAAAAGUACUUUCUUACCUGCAUAAGCAUUCACAAAAUCUUCAUCGAUCUUGUUCUUUGCAAGCAUCUAGAGAAACAGAAAGGAGAAAGAAGAGAAAAUGAAGUACUGGGGUCUUGUUUUCCUUGCGAUUCUUGUAUUUCAGAAACAGGGGAUGUUUCUGCAAGUAAAAGCAGCAGAUGAUGGGUUCGUAAGCACUAAAGGAGUGCAAUUUAUGUUGAAUGGAAGUCCAUUUUAUGCAAAUGGAUUCAAUGCAUACUGGCUUAUGUAUUUUGCAACUGACAAUUCUAUGAGAAACAAAGUCUCAUCUGUUUUUCAAGAAGCUAGAAACCAUGGCCUUACCCUUGCAAGAACUUGGGCUUUCAAUGAUGGCCAAGAUAGAGCUUUACAAUAUUCUCCUGGUUCCUAUAAUGAGCAGGCCUUUCAGGGGUUGGAUUUUGUAAUAUCUGAAGCAAAGAGAAAUGGGAUUAAGCUGGUGUUGAGUUUGGUGAACAACUACGAGAGCUUUGGAGGGAAAAAGCAGUAUGUGAACUGGGCAAGGAGUCAAGGCCAGUCUAUUUCAUCUGAUGAUGAUUUCUUUACAAAUUCUGUAGUUAAAGGAUACUACAAGAAUCAUAUUAAGACUGUUCUCACAAGGAGGAACAGCAUCACUGGAGUUGCUUACAAAGAUGAACCAACAAUCAUGGCUUGGGAGCUUAUGAAUGAGCCGAGAUGCACCUCUGAUCCUUCAGGAAAGACCAUUCAGACCUGGAUUACAGAGAUGGCUUCUUACGUGAAAUCCAUUGAUAGCAACCACUUACUAGAGGCAGGCUUGGAAGGGUUUUAUGGGCAGUCAUCAUCAGAGAAACAGCACUACAAUCCAAACUUUCAAAUAGGGACAGAUUUCGUUGCGAAUAAUCAGAUCCCUGACAUUGACUUUGCCACUGUUCACUCUUACCCUGACCAAUGGCUACCUAGUGCAGAUGACGAGAGCCAGCAAUCUUUCUUGAACGAUUGGCUCAACAAUCACAUUCAGGAUGCACAGAACAUUCUUCACAAGCCAGUUCUCUUUGCAGAGUUUGGAAAAUCAUCAAGAACCGCUGCUUAUAACCAAAGGGAUCAGCUGUUUAACACAGUCUACUGGGCUAUAUAUUCGUCGGCAAGAGGUGGAGGUGCAGCUGCAGGUGGCAUGUUCUGGCAACUUUUCACUGGAGGAAUGGAUUCGUUCCGUGAUGGAUAUGAGGUAGUCUUCAAUGAGAACCCCUCGACAGCCGGUAUUAUAGCUGAUCAAUCUCAAAAGCUCAAUAAGAUUCGAAAGAUGUAUGCAAGACUUAGGAACAUUGAGAAGUGGAAUAGAGCACGGCAGAUUAGAACAGCUCAGUGGUGGGCUGGGAACAAUAGCAAUAAAAUAAAAAACUGAGGAAACAAGUUAAAGAAAAGCUCCAAUCAUAUCAGACUAGUAACGUAUAAAACACUCCAUAAAACUAAUAUAACAAGUUGUAUCAAGAAGUUCCAAAUUUGAGAAGGGUGCUCCUCCCCUCUUCCUACUCUACUCAACUAAAAAUGAUAGGUAAUGGCAGCUCCGAUCGCAUGGAAGAGUGUAGGAUCGACAGAAUUGUUAAUUCAUUACUUGCAUUAUUUGUAAUAUGUGCCUUCCCAGUGUCAUGUAUGAAUAUUGAAACCAUCUAUCUAUAUAAAGAAAGCUUAGCGCUUUGAUUAUUCUAA